GUUGAAAAAAUAGAAGGAAAGGCGAAGGAGGUUCGGUUGGUCGACUUUGCUAAGAUAAGAGAGAGACUCACUCUCCCUCUCUCUCUCUAAAUCUUCUCUGCAAGAAAACUUCUCUCUCUCUCUCUAAAACCCAUUUCUUUCUCUCUCGAAAAAGCUCCAAGCUUUACUAGAAAAAGACGCUCCUUUUUCUCUUCCUGCAAUUGGGUUCUCUCACGACAAUGGCAAUAGAGGAUCAAGAGAACACAAUCCGCGAAUUCAAGCCUAAGAACAGAAGAAUCAUGGGAGCUGGUGGACCUGAGGAGGAAGACAACAGGUGGCCACCAUGGCUGAAACCUCUACUUAAAGAGCAUUUCUUUGCUCACUGCAAGUUUCAUGUAGACUCUCAUAAGAGUGAAUGCAAUAUGUAUUGCUUAGACUGCACCAACGGCCCUCUUUGCUCUCUUUGUCUUGCCCAUCACAAGGAUCAUCGCACUAUUCAGAUAAGGAGAUCAUCUUAUCAUGAUGUUAUAAGGGUGAAUGAGAUACAAAAGUAUCUUGAUAUAUCUGGGAUCCAAACUUAUGUGAUCAAUAGUGCUAAAGUCGUCUUCUUGAACGAGAGGCCUCAGCCUAGGCCAGGGAAAGGUGUAACCAAUACCUGCAAGGUUUGCUAUCGUAGCCUCGUUGAUGAUAGCUUCCGCUUCUGCUCUCUUGGCUGCAAGAUUGCUGGAUCAUCUAGAGGCUUUGAAAAGGGGAGGAAGAACCUUUUGAUGGAGACAGAGGAUUCUGGUAGUUUCAGCCCAUCAACACCUCCACUUACUGCUUCUAGUAGUUGCAGAAUCGCCAAGCGAAGAAAGGGAAUCCCUCACCGAUCUCCAAUGGGAUAAAAAAAGAAGAAACAAAAGAGUUAAACGCAAAGAUUACUACACAGAAAUGUAUAGCUAAUACAUAAGCUUUGGUCUCUUAUUUGCUUGUGUUAGCAAAAAAAAUAAAGGCCUUAAGAUAGGUUUUGUUCUACUGAUGGUAAGUCUGUGAAUAUGUAAUGUGCUUUGUAUAUUUAUGUGAUGCAAAAGGGGUAGAAAGGGAAAUAUAGGGCUUUUAAGGGGGGGGGGGGUAAAAGUGGGAAUAAAACAAAAAUAGCUUUGUGCACAUGGUGUAAAUGUAGUUUGGUUAGGUGCAUAUAUGGAUCUGGAAUAACAAAUAAACAAUGAUGAGACUUAUCACCUUUAUAUUCGUCCGUUUUUCUAUACUUCUAAAAGUAUAUUUUUUCUGUUAAUUACAAAAAUCAUUUGUUUUUUAAA